UCACCUGCCGCCGCCUUCAUUCCCCCGUGCUGCGCUUUCGCCAGCGCGCGCGCCCCGCCCCCACCAGAAAAAGGAACACAAGAAAAAAACAAUUCCCCAAUACCCCCCGGACGGAGCAUCCACCCGCCCCAAUCCGCCGCUGGAUCCCGCUCGAUCGAGCAGGCAGGGUGAUCUGAUCCGGACCGGAUUGGUCGUCGGAGUGCCGAGGCGUGGGGGAUGGACGAGUUCGAGCUGGAGGACAACCUCGAGUUCAUCCUCCAGAGCAUCCAGGAGCUCAUGGAGGACCAGGGGGAGAACAACGCCUUCGGCGACGCCAACCAGAACGAGCUCUUCGCCAGCCUCGUCAACUACGACCACGAGAACAUGCUGCCGGAUGUGUCCGCGGCGGACGUCGCUGCCGGGAAGGACAUGCAGGGGAUCCCCUGGGAGAAGAUGCUCUUCGGGAGGGAUCAGUACCGGGAGAUGAAGAUGAAGAACUACAGGAAUUACCAGAACCUAAGCUAUGCCAGGGAGGAUGCUUUGCAGGAGUGCAAACAAGUGGAGAAGGAUAGCCCUUACUAUGAUUUCCACUACAACACAAGGCGUGCUCGGCCAUCAAUUGUACAUUUUCAGCUGCGCAACCUGGUAUGGGCAACAACCAAGCAUGAUGUUUAUACAAUGCAUGACCAAUCAGUAACACACUGGUCCUCACUGGACCACACAAGCACUGAGCUAAUCAAUGCCGAUGAUUGCAUUGUUCCAAAACAGAGAGGGCAUGGUUCACAGUCAGUUGCAAUGGUUCAGGUCACAACAAUGGCCGUGGAUAGUAAUUUAUUGGUAGUUGGUGGCUUUCAGGGGGAGAUUAUAUGCAAGCGCCUGGAUGAUGAUGGAGUUGUUUUCAGCACGAGGGUUACGGAUGAUGAAAAUGCGAUCACCAACUCUUUAGAGAUAUAUCAGGAUCCCUGCGGAUCUAGAAGGUUGGUGGCUGCUAACAACGACUGCUCCAUCAGGAUUUUCGACACGGAGUACUUUGACCUCCUCAAGCACUAUGUCUUCCCUUGGUCUGUGAAUAGUGUUUCUGUGAGCCCAAAUGGUAAUCUCUUUGCUGUCCUGGGAGAUCAUGAGGAUGGCUUGGUAGUGGAUCCCAAGUGUGGCAAGGCAAUUGGUUCUCUAAGGGGCCACUUGGAUUACUCAUUUGCAUCUGCCUGGCAUCCUGACGGCAACAUCGUGGCCACCGGGAGUCAAGACACUACAUGCAGGCUGUGGGACAUAAGAAACCUAUCGCAGUCGGUAGCUGUGCUCGGCGGAAGGAUGGGUUCGAUACGUUGCGUCAAGUUCUCUUCAGAUGGGAGGUUCCUGGCGACUGCUGAGCCUGUGGAUUUUGUCCACAUAUACGACUCUUAUGCGGACUAUGGCAAAUCUCACGAGAUUGACCUUUUUGGCGAGAUUGGAGGUUUGUCGUUCAGCCCAGACACUGAGGCCUUCUAUGUUGGCCUUGCGGACCAGACGUACGGUGGCCUGAUCGAGUUCAGCAAGAGGCACCAACAUCAUUACUUGAACUCCUUGUGGUGAUAUCAACCACUUGUUUGGUUUCGCAGCUGGUGGAUGCCACGUGCUGCAGGAAGUGCCUGAUUGAAUGUUCUGUAGGAGGAAGAUCUCAUGGAAGCUAUUGCUGCCUUUAGUUUUUAGCUGCAGCACCAGGAGGGCUUCUUAUCUGGAAGUGUAUAAAAUUCUGGGGGGUUUUGUUUCCUUGUUGCUAGUAAUCUGGGUUUGCCUUUUGCCCUCUGGGAACUGAUGGCCGUAGCAUAAUGUAUAGCCGUUCUGUGUUGUUACACCGAAUCAAUGUACAUAGUUCUUCUGUCUGGAAUUCAUCUUCCCAUUCACCCGUCGGAAUUUAACAUGGCGGAAUGUGCGACAUGCAGUUUGAAGUCUA